AUGUUUCGCGGUCUCGCUGUCGUACCACUUGACGCGCUCGACCACGGACGGCCGAUUGCCGCCGAGCUCACGCUCCGAGACGAAGACGGGUACCUCUCGCCGCGACCCCGGGGCACACUCAACAUCACGGUUCAAUGGAUUGCGUAUCGCUUUCCGCGCUCUCUUCGGUCCGUCAUGCUUGCGACCUGGGCCAUCGCGCGUCUUGGCCGGUUGCUCACGAUCACAUACUCGAAGCGCGUCGUCGUGGCCAAGCCCAAGCCGCCUCUCUCGGACGAGCUUCAAAUGCUCUUGGAGCUUGUCGACUCGACGUUUCACACAGCGCUCGUCAAGCUCGCCGAUGUGAUUGUCAUGGCGGACCAGCUUCAGCGGCUCAAGCAGCGUCUCUCGGACGCGCAGAAAGGCCAAGCGACCGCCGACGAAGAAAAGCACAUUGAACUGCGUCUUCAAGCGGUCAUGCGCGACCAGUUUGGUCCGAAGCGACGCAAGCUGCUCGACACCAAAGCCGACCUCGCCAACUGUCUCAAGAGCUUUGCCAAGCUCACGGCGAGCACGAUUGCCGAGUACAUUGCCAGUGUCAACUCGAGCGUCUCCGAGCGCGUUGGGCUGUGGCUCGAUGAGCUCGGACUCCAUAAUGCCAAGCACGCUCGGCUCUCGUCGUGGCAAGCAACGCCAUGCGAGGCGCCAGCGCAACCCAUCACAUUCGAUGCCAUCAUGACCUUUGUCCUGGACGAGAAGCAUACCUUUGUCGUCUGGGAGGCCGCGGUGAAGGGCCUCGUCGCGGAAGCGUUCACGGGCGGCGCCUGGUCGUUUGACAUGACCAAGGAGCUCGCCGUGUGUCGCAAGAUCGAAGACACGCUCCUCGAGACACAAGGCGAGACGCGGAGGAGCGAUGCGUCGUCGUCCGAGGACCCGGUACAGCGGGAAAAGCUCGACGCGCGCAAGGCCAAACGACUGCAAAAGCUUUCGAAAAAGGCCGCGCCGCGACAGUAG